UACGGGCAGAUCGUCUGAAGCCAAAGGACUAGAUGGAUGAGCUCGCAGGCCAAUACUAUUAUUAUGUUGUUUCAGGCCAGCACAACGCGGUUGCAGCCAAGGCGCUUCUCGGCACCGACGUCGCAUUGAGGUACAACUUCGAGAGGUGGCCUCCACGUAUGGUUUACGUCUCGGAUGAGGAGUUCGAAGGGUAUUUUCUGGUCAUCUCGGAGGACAACAAGAAGGAAUUGAAGGCCCUUCCUAGACAGCUUAAAUUAUCAAUGAAGGACAUUCGGUGGUUGUGGAAGGAAAAGGGUUUUCCAAAGGCUGUUAUGGGGAACCCCAGCGGAAAACAAGCUCACGUGCAGAAAUGGCGUGAGUUCUGUCCGCAGGCGCUUCACAAGACGCCUUACAACCACUUGUGGAUUCUCGCUAAUGAGAAGGGCAAGGACAAUAUUAAGAAGCAAAACGCUGCCCUUCGCUCUUAUUUUCCGCUGGUGGUGGCUAGAAAAAGCGCGUGGGAACUGGGUUUGGAAUUCUUCGAGAAAUGGGAGACGAGGAGACUUCUGGCACCCGAGGGGGCGAAGUGGAUCACAAAGAAAAGGAAAGUGAAGGACGUCAGGCCCGGCGUUAGCCACAUCGAAAACGAGAAGUUGGGGCGAAAGGAGGUCGUCUACAACGUCCCCGUCGAGGCGCCCCAAAAGAAAGGAAAGAAGGAGAAAGAGUCUGGCAAUUGGUUCGUCCAAGUCACCGAGCCGGAUCCGCACUGCUCAAAGAGUAUGGAAGCCCUUACCGACAACGAUCAAUGUCGGUUGCUCAAGAAGGUCCUCAACUAUGAGGUAGUGUGGGUGCAGACAGGCUCUGCUUCAUUGGCGAAGCAAGGGAAGCUGGGAGUGCAGGAAGCAAUGCACCUGCUGAAGUGUGAUCGCAUCUUGGUGCGAUUAUGGAAUUACUACCAGUUUAUAAACGAGAACCGGAUGGAUAUGGACUAGACACGUGCGUAUCCCUUCCUGAAG